UGUCACUGUCAGCCUCAGCCGUUUAUCUGUCAAUCGUCAACUUUUCUUCAACAAGAACAAACUUAAUAAUACAGUGUGUGUAUCUGUUGCUUUUUAUUCAGUUUUAGUUUAAUUCUUUAAAAAUCCUAUUGGGCACUUUAAUUAUAAAAUAGAUAUGUUUACAGCUUUCAUUUCUAGUACACGAUAAUUCAAUUAAAUAUGUACUUUGACGAUACCGGGCUAGCUGUGGUGGGCCAACCAGAAAAUCCAGGUAUAAUUAACGUAGAUGAAGACUAUGUACAAACGCACUGCAUAUUGGCUGAUGGGGGAGAUAGAUUUGGUGUAUCAGCUUUAGCCUUUGAUAAACAUGAAGAACUGCUUUGGAUGGGAAAUCAAGGGGGUCAUGUCACUUCCUAUCUUGCACCAGGACAAUCAAAAUACACUUCAUUUCAAAUACAUGCUACUGAAGAAGUUAGACAGAUACUCCCUGUUGAUGAUGGAAUUUUGUGUUUAACAGCGAGCACAUUAAGAUAUCAAAUACGAAGGGGAAUACCUGUAUAUACCCAUAGUUCUGGCAAUAUGAAUGAAAUGCAAUGUAUGUUACAAAUGUCACCUAACCGCUUCUUGUUGGGAAGUCACCAAGAUAAACUUAUAGACUUCAAUUUAAAUGUUGGAAAAGAAACAUUAGUAGCAGAUGUUGGUGAAGGUUGUGUUAUGUUAAGGCCUCACAGUCGAUUCGUGUGUGCUGGAAAUCCAUUAGGACGUAUCGAUCUGCGUGAUCCAACGAGUUUAAAUGUUGAGCAUAGCAUAGACACACAUACAGGAAGCUUGAGUGAUUUCGAUGUGCAAGGGAAUCUUCUUGUUACAUGUGGUUUUAGUAACAGGCACAAUUCAUUAGCUGUCGACCGAUUUUUAAUGGUCUAUGAUUUGAGAAUGUUGAGAGCAAUAUCUCCGAUGCAGACGGUUAUAGAUCCAUUCUUUUUAAAAUUCGUUCCGUCUAUAUCAUCAAGAUUGACUGUGAUUUCUGUAUUAGGACAAAUACAAUUACUCGAUACCAUUGCGUUGGCCGAACCAAAGCUAAGUUUAUUUCAAAUGGAGAAUCCAGGUGCUAUGUGCUUAACGUUUGAUGUAUCCUCCAGCAGUCAGAUUAUGGCCUGUGGUGAUAAUACAGGCCACAUACACGUUUUUUCAGGCUCAAAUGUAACGGACCCUGUUGUUAAUUCCUUCUCGAGACCAUGCGAAAUGCCAGAUACACCAACCGUUUAUCCAAGUUUCAGUAUCGACGAUUAUAAUACACCCCUCUCGGUUAUUCCCAUGCCAAUUGUUCCUCCUGAGAUACCUUUGGCUUCUGAUUGGCCCCUGCAUCUUGUGCAGAAAAUAUACAGAAAACCAUUAGGCAUUGACCCUGAAAUCCUUUCUUCGAUGAAAAUGCAAGGUCCUAUCGGAUAUUCACCAAAUCCAAAAACAACAAGGAGAAAUCAAGUACCCUACGAUUUUGCUCAAAAUGGUGUCUCCAACAAUUAUACUCAGUUGAAUCGAAGUCCAAAACAUAACGAAGAUAAUGGAACGUUUAUAGCUAUUCCCAAAAGAUAUCGGAAAGUUGAUGUCAAGUACAAUAAGCUUGGUACGGAUGAUUUUCAAUUCGAUCAUUACAAUAAAACGGGAUUUUCUGGACUCGAAGCCACUCUUCCUAAUUCAUAUUGCAACAGCAUGCUGCAGGUUUUAUAUUAUACGGAACCAUUACGAGCAGCUCUACUAGCCCAUCUGUGUAUGAAAGAAUUUUGUCUUUCCUGUGAACUGGGAUUCUUGUUUCAUAUGCUUUUGACGGCCUCACCCAAUCAACCAUGUCAACCAGGAAACUUUCUAAGAGCUUUUCGGACAGUCCCUGAAGCAUCUGCUCUUAGUUUAAUUUUAAGCGAUCUUGCUCCCGAUGCUAAACAGAAAAUUGAACUGUCAGCUUUAAUACAGAGUUGGAACAGGUUUAUACUACACCAGAUGCAUGUGGAAUUAACUGAAACACGAAAGAAAAACGAUGAAAGGAAAGUAGCUAAGAAACUUUUUAUUUACAAAGAGACCGAUUUUCCCAGCAUAUCAGGGGAAAAAGUCAAGGAAAAGAAGCCACCUGUAGAAGCUGACAUAGAAAUUAAAUUGGAAGAUGAAAGAAGGGACGACAUUUCGGAUAUUAGUCAAUUGUUUGGAACAAAACAGUUGCAUUUAAAUUGUUGUCUUAAAUGUGGAAAUGAGGGAAGGAAGGAAUCUUUCUUAUUAGCCUGUAAUCUUGUGUAUCCAUCUCGUAUGGGAGAUAAAGACGAAUGGAGUUUUUGUGAUAUUUUAAAAAGAUCUCUCUGUCCAACACAAACAACACCAGCUUGGUGUGAAAGCUGUUCAAAAUUUUUGCCUACAGCUCAAUCCAGAGUUCUUCAGGCCCUUCCAAAUGUGCUGUCUAUUAACACCGGUCUACACAAUGCACAACAUAAACAGUUUUGGCAAACUCAGAUGGAUAAAGUUGUGGCGAAAGUUUCCACGGUAGAAGUUAACAACAGAUCUUCUACACCUACUUCAGUUCUGGGUUCAUCGAAACCGUGUAGAUACGGAGAUUUGUGUUCAAGGCCAGGAUGUCGAUUUAGACACAGUUUCGAUAAUGCCGUGCCCAUUCCUCCUUCGAAAAACCCAUAUUGUAGUAAUAAUUGGUUACCGCACCGAUUUGAAUUGACGAUAAAAGCUGAAGAGUUGGAAAUAAAAAAAAUUGAGGAAGAUGACGAGCUGAAAACAGAAGAUUCCGACACUCAAAAGAAAUACGAUCUUACGGCCGUCGUCUGUUUUAUAAACGACCAAUCUGCACCGGACAAACGAAAUCUGGCGGCUUUAAUUCGAGUACCUGAUUCGUACUUAAAAGAAAAAGAUAAUGAGUCAAAUCCAAAAUGGUACUUAUUUAACGAUUUUAGCAUCAGUCCUGUGUCUCCUCAUGAAGCUACUUGGUUUAGUCUGGACUGGAAGGUUCCAUGUGUACUGUUUUAUACAUCAACUGACGCUAUGAAAAAUAAGCUUGAAGUUAAGCAGCAGCUGCCAAGAGAAGUACUCUCCGAAGAUACAUCUGUUGCAGGUUCUGGAAAUCCGAGACUAAACUCUUUUACACCUUUGCACGACAACGAAACUUUAAAACCAGGAGAUUUGGUUGCAAUGGAUGCGGAAUUCGUGACACUAAACCAGGAGGAAGCUGAAUUAAGAAGCGAUGGAAAGAUGUCAACUAUCAAGCCUUCUCAAAUGUCUGUAGCCCGAAUAACCUGCAUUCGGGGGAGCGGGAGCAUGGAAGGAACUCCUUUUAUAGAUGAUUAUAUUUCAACCCAAGAACAAGUCGUGGAUUAUUUAACGAAAUUUUCAGGAAUUAAACCGGGAGAUCUAGACGCGAAUAUUAGCUCUAAACAUUUGACUACCUUGAAGUCAACUUAUAAGAAGUUGAGGUAUCUCAUAGAUCUUGGUGUUAUUUUUGUUGGCCAUGGGCUGAAAAACGAUUUUAGGGUCAUUAAUUUAGUAGUUCGCCCUGAGCAAGUAGUGGAUACUGUGCAAUUAUUUCAUCUACCGCAUCAUAGGAUGGUAUCUCUAAGGUUUCUGGCAUGGCAUUUUCUAGGCAUGAAAAUUCAGUCCGAAACUCAUGACUCCGUAGAAGAUGCACGAGCAGCGCUUCAACUAUUUAAAAAGUACAAACAGUUAGAUGAACAAAAACGGGUGGGAGAAGCGUUAGCCGAAUUAUAUGAAACAGGUAAAGUACUUAACUGGAAGGUGCCGGAAGAUUAAAUACUUAUACAAAUUUAUAUGCAACAAUACAAAAUAAAUUAAUUAAAAAAAAAAACGAAAAAGUUUAGAAAUAGUAAAAUGAUAUUAAUUUUAAAUACGUAACAAAAAGUCGAGAGUAUACAAUUACUCUCUUAGUAUGAGAUUAGUUAAGAACAAAAGAGAAAAUAAAAAGAAAUAUAGUUUUUGUAGCAUAGUCGUGGAUUCUCUUGAGUUUCUUUUAUUUCGAAAAUAAAUAAUUAUGUUGUUUACAUAUGGGAACGUUCAAUAAUUAUACAUUUUUUUUUUCAAAAUAUUUGGUGACCCCACCUCCCUGUAACAAUCAAGUAACCUUACCUAUUUGACCCAUCUACACCCUUAUCGUAACUUUUUUGCAUCAUUAAAAAAAUGUAUUAAAAAAGUGUAAAAACAACGAACAGUAAUAUUUGCUUAUAUCUCGUAAGAGGGCAUGUUAUUGUUUGAGCCCAGCGAGGGACCGACCGAUGCCUGCUGGGGUUGUGUAUCGACUCGUUGUUGAUCGACUUAACUUAAAACACAUGUCUGUGGUUUUAAGUUAAAACUAAUUUAUUGACAUAAAGAGGCUGGCCCUUAAGUAGCGUCUUCGAAUGCAUUUAAAAAGUGAUUUAUUGACAUAAGGUCUGAUAAGGUAACUAUUUAAUGGGGGAUUUGUUUCCCAGAAAAAAACAUUAAUUUUAUACAGUAUGGUUUUGUAUUUUAGGAGCGAAACACAUGUGAAUUUUAAAUGACCCAUAUUAUUUUUGUUUAGAAAAGAAAGUUAAUAUUUAAAAUUACCAAUUAAAAAAAUAAUAAAUGAAACUUGUCGCUAUAACACCCCUGUUCCAGAAUAUAAGACGAUAGAUAAUACAUAAUAUAUACAUAUAAUGAAAAUUGAAAAUAACAGCAAAAACACAACGCAAUGUCUAUACGAGGAAAAAAUAUCACUGAAUUCACUGAAAAAUGUUUUAACCGACACUUGCUUGGUAUCUUCCAGUGAAUCUUGUUUUUCUCUUCGGUCUGCUGUUCUCAUUGUCUGGGUUCGUUUUGCUGGACACUGUCUUUUUUCCUGCCUCGUAAUGGAUAUUUUCGUGAAGCUCUUACGCCGGUUUCAAUCUGUCUAUGGAAAUUGUUAUUUCUUUUCCAUUUACACGGACGACAAAAGUCUUGUCUCCUCGCUUAAUAACUGGAAAAGGACCGUGAUAUGGGUUUUCUAAGCUGCUUUUGAUUGUAUCACGGCGGACGAAAACGUGAGAGGUGGUUUUCAUGUCUUUAAAUGAGAAAGAAAAUCAGCUCCGAUAAUAGGCUUUAAAAUUUCCGCCACUACGAAUCGCCACGUAAAAUCACGCCGUAGUCCGAUAUUUAAUGUCAAGUUCACAUAACCGUAUGUCGCGAUUUUAGUGUCAUUGGCCGCGUAUAGUUCGUAUGUAGUCUUUUCGCGUGCACCCCGUACAUAUUUUCGCGGGAAAGCGCAGAUAUCGGCACCGGUGUCGAUUAAAAAUUGUUUUUUAGUCGCAUAGUCUGUUACGAAAAGGCGGCGAGACUUUGGGCAUGGAUCGGAUGCCGCACUUACCGACUGCCCGCGAUGUUUUCCUGGUGCUUGCACGGAGGUAUACACUUUUGAGCCCGGUACCAAAACGGUAGUGAUAUACCAACAAAUGUCACUAUUACGUUCCCUACUGUAGCUUCUGUCUCUAGGAUAUGGUCUGCCUCUUGAGUUGCUGCGGUUGCGACGGUAUGUGUUUGUUUGUGCUUGAGCAUUUGCUAGCUAGCUGAAUUUUCAUUUCAGCUAAUUUGGCUGUCAAUUUCCCGAUGGUACUUUCUAGCGCGUUAGAAGUUUCUGAAAUUGGGGUUCUAGGAGCUAUAGCUUCAGAGAUUGUGUCAGCUAGCUCGGCAACUGCGUCCAAACUAGCGGUUGCUUGAGUAGCUAAAAUAGCCUGUGUAGACGAUGGCAGUCUACCUAACCACAGAGACCUUACAAUAUUGUCUGGUACUGUUGUGCCUGCUAAAGACUGUAAAUGUCGUAAGAAUUCAGAAGGUCUUCGAUCGCCCAAUUCUUCAUGCUCAAGUAGUCUUUUAAUUUUUUGUUGUUGGGAUGCACUAAGUCUCUUAAUUAACUCUGACUUUAAUUUUACAUACCUCUCUGUAGCUGGUGGUGACACAAUGAUGUCCCUAACUUCUGAUAUGUAAGCUGUUUCGAGAUUAGCAACUAUGUAGUUGAAUUUUGUUGCGCCACUUGUUAUGUUUGCCAGCGUAAAUUGGUUUUCCACUUGCAGGAACCAAAUUUCGGGAUCGUUGGGCCAAAACGGUGGGAUUUUAACUGAAAUCCGAUCAACUCCAGAAGCACUGAUAUCCUGAAGCACUGGUACCGUCCGUCAUUUUCGAUGUUCACUGUAUUUAAAACCGACAAGAGUAUAUUAUUAAAACUAUUUUUUUUAAGAAAAAUUCGCGUCGUUUUACUUAUUCGCGGGGUCACCAAUCCUCCGUGGGUGGUUAACGGAAACACAAUUAACUUAAAUUAAAAUAAGUAUAAAAACAACGAACAGUAAUAUUUAUUUAUUUUUGGUUAAAAGGGCGUGCUUAUAUCUCGUAAGAGGGAAUGUUAUUGUUUGAGCCCAGCGAGGGUUGUAUGACCGACCGAUGCCUGCUGGGGUUGUGUAUCGACUCGUUGUUGUGGAUCGACUGAACUGAAAACACAUGUCUGUGGUUUUAAGUUAAAGACUAAUUUAUUGAAAUAAAGUGGCUGGCCCUUAAGAAGCGUCUUCGAAUGCAUUUAAAAAGUGAUUUAUUGACAUAAGGUAUAAUAUGGUAACUAUUUAAUGGGGAAUUUGUUUCCCAGAAAAAAAAACAUUAAUUUUAUACAAUCUGGUUUUGUAUUUUAGGAGCGACACACAUGUGAAUUUUAAAUGACCCAUAUUAUUUUCGUUUAGAAAAGAAAGUUAAUAUUUAAAAUUAGCAAUUAAAAAAAAAAGUGAAGCGUGUCGCUAUACAAAAAAGAAAAAUGUAGUUUCACCUAAAGCUUUAAUUUACAAUUUUCUGUGUAUUUACAUUUUUACAGUUUUUAAAAGUAGUCUGUCACUUGUUUCUGCUUAUUUUAGUGAAAAACGUUUUUAUUUAUUCUACAUUGCACUUUCCGCAGCAUCAGUUUUUCAGGGAGUAGCGCGUCGUUCUGCUCCUCUAGAUAUUCUAGAAGUUCAUUCACGUGGCACGUGACACAAAGCUGCUUCGUGAGUCACUCGUUCACAUUAGGUUUGUUCCAACACGACUGAGAACCGUCCAUGUAACGAUCAUCGUCCUGCGCAGUACCAUGGAACGUAUUAUAUCGUUCCCAUGGAACCCAUGGAACGUUAAUUAUAUAGUAACGUGAUCGUUACAUGACGGUUCUCAGUCGUGUUGGAACAAACCUUAUGACUUCACAAUAAUUGUUGAAGACUUUGCAGACUACCACGCAGAUGCGAUUUCGUAAAUAGAGUCGAGAAUAAUGAAUGACUUCCAAAAUUCUUAUGUCAUUUUUUUCUUCAAUUUUUGAGCGAGGUAACUUUGUUCUAUAGUUAGACGCCAUAGACAGUCGUGUUUGGGGCCAAAUAUUUUUCCGUCAGCAGACUUAAUUAUAUGCGUUUCAGGACAUGAGGGGGCGUUGCCAAUCAAAAACACACCAUCCAUCCUUUUCUAUGGUUGGAGUAAUCAAUAGGUAGUUUUUCUGCUUUAGUACCCUUAAAAGAUCCACGUUUUCUGCAGGACAGAAUCGUGAUCCGUUCUUUGCUGGAUUUAUCAUCCCCCCCUUUACCUUUCAAAAGUUGGCAUCCGUGUGGGAAGGCAUUUCCGCAUUUGUCUGCGUUAUAAAUUUUUGUUUGUAGUUUAGAUUAUUUGAGGAAAGGAACUCUUCGAUCUCACUUUUAAAUUCCACAGCUCCCUGUUGGUCACCACUGAGCUUCUCUCCAUGAAGCUUUAUCUCAUUUAUCCCAUAGCGUUGCUUAAAACGAAUUAACCACCCAGAUGUUUCAUCAAAAUCUCCUACGCCCGUCUUUUACAGCAAUUAUUGGACCUGAUAUGGAUGCACCCAUGUUAUAGGAUUUAUAAUACAUAGUAAAGAUAAUACAUAGAACUAGUUUAUAAAAUAAGUUUUCAUUAAUAUUAAAAAUAGCUUCUAUAGAGUCCGCUUAAAAUCCGCCCGCGGAUAAUUCUCCCGCGGAUAAUCCGCUUGCGGAUAAACGGGAGUUGACUGUAUAACGAUAAUAUAAAUCCAUUUACCAUCGAUUUUUACACCAUAAGUAAUGUUGGCUUUUUGUGGCAGAUGUCAAAAAGUUUCUCAAUUAAAAUAUUUACUAUGAAAAUGGAAAGUCCAAUAAUAUUUACUAUCCUAAUGGCCGGUUUCACCAACGACAAAUAGUAGUUUAUACUAUGAAUAAAGUUAUUCGACCAAUAAAGUGCCAUUUCUCCAUUUUACUAACGUCAAAUAAGACUUAUUUUAUUUAUUUAUCAAAUAAAUAUUUACUUUUCGAAUAAAUUGGCAAGUUAAUCUCGCUGUAAAUAUCUAUAAGAAAGUAAAUUCGUCAGUUUAAUUUUAAAUUAUCAAAGUUAUGUUGAAACCAAAUAAAAAUAUUAACGUCUAAUAUGUACAUUUUAUUCGACAAAUAACUAUUCAUUGAUUUAUUUGUUGUUGGUGAAACCGGACCUUAGAUCUAUUUAUUUAUCUAUUUUAGAAAAGUAAAAUUUGAUGACUUAAUUACUUGAAGUGGGAUACAUUAAACUAAAUUAAAAAAUAGUGAUAAAUUGUAUGUCUUCAUUCGUUAUAUUUAUGUCUUUUAUGUUUCUACGUUUUAUUUCUUGAAUAAUUAAUAAUACACAGCAGAUUGUACUUUUUUCACGUUUUUAGAAUAUAAUGCUUUAUACAUAAUGACUUUGUAUUUGUUUUGUUAAUGUUGGAUUUGAUGUAGGUAUACGGAUAUCUCUUUCAUUAUAAUUUGUAUUUUGUGUUCUUAAAAUAUGUAUUCUAUAAUAAAUCUUAUGAUGGUAAUACUGAUAUUUUGUAACCAAAAAAGGUCUGUUAGUUAAGUGUCAAACAUGUUAAUAAAGAAUUAGAUAAAAUACGUUAUUAAAGCUUAGUUUCAAAGAAAGAUAAAUGUAAAAUAUACGUUUCUGUGAGAUAGAGUGAAAUAAAGGAAAACCAGGAGAGUCAUACACUAUGCUAUUGUGAAAGUUGAAAAAAUAGUACAAAAUUAUUAAAGAUAUAAAAAAUCUUUAGACGUUUUGUUGAAAUUUAAUUGCUUUUUUUACUGUUUCCGGUAAGAGCAAAAUUGUCAAUAUAUAUGUGUAUCAAAUUUUUUACCAUGAAAAUGUAUUUUGCUUUUGUAUACGAAGGUUGCUAUUUUGAGACAGAGAAGUAAGAACCUACGUUCAACAUUACAAAUGUAUUUAUUGUAUAAAAUAAAGCCAUUUUUUACUGCCCUUAAAUCAAUUUUCGAAUUAAUCUUUUCACGAUCAAGAACUCCAAGACUGACGUUUUAAAUACAUAAAUCCUAGCCUAUUGUAACCAUGUUGGUCUAUGAUCUUAUCAACUUCAUAGGUCCUAAACUUGGGUAUUAUACAUUUUUAUUAUGUUGUACAAAUCGACGAUUAACAUACAGUAACCGCCACCCUACUAGAUACAUAGGAACAUUGAGCUAUUACAGUCCUGGACCCUUCACUAGUUUUAAUGUUUAUUUUUAUAUCUAGUGACGUUUAGAACGUCAGAAAAUGUAUAGAAACUGAAUUAGCAAUGUUAAGUCACAAUGAAUAUGUUGAUAUGAAUAAUGAAUAUGUUGAUAGUUUGGCUAAAAAAGCUAUUGAGUAUGGUACUUCAAAUAAUCGUAAGUCUUGCAUAUCUGAUUUAGUUAACACUAUUAAGCAUCGAGUUAAAAAUCAGUGGAGUCAAUCAUGGCGAGAUCUUUGUAAACAAUCCAAAUCUCAGUAUUCACUGAUUCAACCUUCUGUUCCCAAUAUAUAUUGGUUUAAAAAUUAUGUAGUACCUCGAAGAUAUAUAACAACAUUAAUCAGAAUGAAGUUUGGACAUGCAUGUUUCCCUCUACAUCUAGCAAGAAUUAAAGUUUUUGAUUCAAAUAUUUGUACUGAAUGUCAGAAAGUGGGUGAUUUGAAUCACACUUUCUUUGAGUGCACAAAAUACAUUCCACACAGCUAUAAUUUAAUCGAAGAUUUAAUAAAAUGUAAUGUUUUUCCACCUUUCAAUAUAUCCUAUCUAUUGUCUCUGAACAGCAAAAAUAUAUAUGAUUGUUUGAUGAAAUUUAUCUGUGAUAGUUUCACAAAUUAACCUUUAAAUUUAUUAAUCCUGAUAAUUUGAUAUAUUAUGUACAUAUGGAAAAAGAAGAAGAAGAAGAUGUAUAAUGGAAAAUUGUGGUGAGCAACUUGGAUAGUCCAUAGCGGCCACCUGCAGCUUUUGAACUGAGUAGAUAGCUGUGGAAGAGUUUGCUAUGGACCUCUAAGGACCUCAUUGCCUGCUUUAUGUAUGAAUAGAAAACAAAAAAGUUGUGACUGGCUAAUUGACACCCAAGUCUAUGCCAUAAAAAAAGUCACAAUGACGACCUCUCGCGGAUUUCGGCGGAACUAAAAUUGAGGCCUCUUCUCUUUUUAUUGCCCUGCUAAUGGGGGUUUUUAAUGUCAAAUCGUUGUUAAAAUCGUUGUCAGUAUUUUCAAAAAUCAAUAAAGUGAAAAUUUUAGUAGUCCCAUCGAUUAAUCUACCAGCAUCAGUAGAAUCAAAAAGAACGUGUUCGCCCUAAAUUUACUCCAAAUAUUCUGCAACACAACAUACAAAUAAGAACACUUUUGAUAAAAGGUUUGUAAGCUUUUAAUGAUAUCUUUUUUAUUAAGAUUUAUUAAUUAUAUUGAUUUUCGAAAAUACUGACAACGAUUUUAACAACGAUUUGACAUUAAAAACCCCCAUUGUAGCAGGGCAAUAAAAAGAAAAAAGGCCUCAAUUUUAGUUCCGCCGAUAUCCACCAGAGUUCGUCAUUAUGACUUAACAUCGCCAAUAUUAACAUAUAAAGUUGACAAAUAAUAGAUCAGCUGUAUUUGAUGUUUAUAGUUGUCAUUUUGUUAAAGUUUUAAAAGUAUUAAAGUAUUUCAAAAAUAAAUAACCAUUUUCAAUUUCGUUGCAAAACGAAAAUAAGCACCUCUACCGGUUUCGAAACUUAUUAGUCUCUCAUCAGGAGGCACAUAUGCUGCUCUCUCUGAUCCAACCAAAACAAACCCCGGCGUGCAGUCACGGGUUGCAACGAACGAAUUGGCUUAGAUGCUCUAGCGGCAACUGCUAGCAAAAGACUAAGUUUUCAAUCUAAUGGCAUAUAAAACAACAUGUUACUCUACAUCCCACCAAACUGAAAACAAUGGGAAACUUCUCUGGUUACACCUCCGAGGCUUCUACAAUUUGCAAGCUAUAACGGAUGCUGAGACUAAGGAAGAUGAGGGAAUUUUACAAUUUAUAAUUCACGUCCCAUCUGCUCAGCGCGGUAAAGUUCCAACGAGAAUGGUUCCCUUCGUACUCCAAUCAGAGUAAACAUGUAAAUUGUAAUGUAAUUGUUAAUGGGUAUUCAUUUUUGAUUUACAUGCUUACUCUGAUUGGAGUACGAAGGGAACCAUUCUCGUUGGAACUUUACCGCGCUAAGCAGAUGGGACGUGAAUUAUAAAUUGUAAAAUUCCCUCAUCUUCCUUAGUCUCAGCAUCCGUAUGGCUUGCAAAUUGUAGAAGCCUCGGAGGUGUAACCAGAGAAGGUUCCCAUUGUUUUCAGUUGGGUGGGAUGUAGAGUAACAUUAUGUUGUUUUAUAUGCCAUUGGAUUGAAAACUUAGUCUUUUAUGAAAGUAUUCUUGGUGUUUGAAUAAUGUUAUUUGAAGUAACAAUACUAUUAAUUAAUCUAUUUUUGUAUCGAAAAACAAUUAUUUUGAAUAGUUUCUUGACAGUAACAUGACAGGGAUGAAAGUCACAUCUGAGAACGGACCGGAUUAUCAUAUAUCUAGUAGCGUGGCGCUUACUGUAUACCAUUUGAAAAUAUGUUUUUUGCUUUUUAACCACUAUUUCAUUUCCCCUGUUCAAUAUGCGGACGUAGAAGAUUUUUGAGACUGUACAUUCUGGUACGGUGCGUUAUCAGUAGCAACUACGUAGUGAUAAAUGAAGUCUAAAGGUCUGAAGCCAUUUCUUGUAGUUUAAUAGGGGGUCCGAUAAGUAAUUAGCCUACAACAGAAAAACAAACAUUUUGGGAAAAGUGGUGAUUUAUGUAGACAUAGUCUCCUUUUAGUUCGACCCAGCGAUGCUCCGACUUCUUUUACCCGUCUGAAAAGUAGUUUUUCUUGAGGUAUGCAAAGUAUACUUCCGUGGCGACGCCGACGAUGAACUUCUCAUUCGACUUAAAUUUCUGCGGGGAAAGUGACAAAAGUUCAAGUUUAGAAAGUCAUAGAAAAAGAAGUCGUACAGGGCCAAAUCUAAAGAUUACGGUGCAGGACAGCAGUUCAUAGCCCGAUUUGACCAAUUUGGUCAUGCCGACGGCGGAGGUGUGAGCCGGUGCGUUGUCAUGGUGAAAGAGCAUUUUUUUCUUCGCCAAGCGUGGCUGUUUUCCACAUUGUAUAAAAUUAAUAAUUCCACAUUGUAAAACCAUGUGACCGUUUUGUCCUUUUCAGAAAGUCGAUAUAAAUCACUCGUUGUGAAUCCCAGAAAACGGUGGUCAUCACCUUUCCGGCCGACAUGACAGUGUUCGCUUUCUUCGGAGCACGGAAACAUCUCACUUCUGCCGGCAGGUGUAGGCCAGGGCUCGCCGAACGCACACUCACGUAUUGACGAUGACUCCGGACAUUCACGUAGGACAUGCUCGACAGUUUCGUCGCCUCGUUCACACUUCCUGCAUAGAGGUGUAUCUACUAGCUCCAGUGUGUGGAGGUGUUUGCUUAUUUGACAGUGGCCAGUUAAAGAACCAACUGUAAAGCGAAGUUUUUUCCUACACAUUCUCAAGUACUUUUCUGAUGCUGACUUCCUAAGUUUCCUUAGUGUUACCUUGGCAAGUCUAUAUCUUGGCCAUUCUUCCUAUUUCUUCAGGGUUUGCGUGUGGGAGUGAUAUUUGUCAAUUUCCGCGGUUGUUGUAGUUGACCAGCCAAAAAGAUCACCAGGCCCUUAAAGUCUUACGCUUGGCUUACGAGCUAGCUGGUCAGCAAUGCGGUUGCCUUUAUUUCCAUUGUGUCAUUUAAUCCACAUGAUGAUGUUGUUACCAUUCGAAGUUUGGGCUAGUGACUCAUGACACUCCAUUACUAACCCUGAUGUGAUACGGGGUUUGUUCAGGGUUAGUAUCGCCUGUCUGCUGUCUGUGCAGAUUAUGAUGGUUAUACCUUUUCGGGUGAUCUCUUUUGGCGGCUAUGUAGAUACCAGCCAGUUCAGUCUGGACUACGCUGGUAUUUUUGCCCAUACCCCAUUUUAUACACGGUUCAGUGAUCUGGAGUAUAUCCCGCAUCCUGUGAUUCUUCCUUCUGGAGUAUAUCCCGAAUCCUUCAAUACGUAUUGGCCACGUUUGACUCCCUAUGUUGUCUUGUGUCGAUUAUGUAGGGUUUGUCGAAAGACAAACAUAGGUUUAAUUGAAUCGCAGCUUGCAUGCAGCAGGGGUAGCGCAUCCAGUUCUCCCGACCGGAAACGACAUCUCAAUUAAUUGUCCCAUUCCUAUAUCAAGGUUUGCACCUGAUUAGCACAAUCGCAUCAUUGUCACCAGCACCACCUCUUUGAUAUAUAUGUCUAGAGUGUGAUGCCAAUGAGCAACUCCAUUGUAGCAGUUAGUGUUGUUUUCAUGGCACCUGUUAUAUUUAGGCAAGCCAUCCGCUGAAUAUGGUUUAGUUUAUUGAUCGCUGUUGCUUGUAGCACUUUUGGUACCCAAAUAAUAACUGCUCCAAGCGAUCAUCCUGGGCGAAAGGCCUUAGGUGAGUCCGACCGUUCGCGACACUGUUCAUAGGCAAUAAAUGCUCUUUUAGCUCUACUAUCUAAGUGAAAGUUUCAUGUUAACAACCUGUCAAGUGUAAUACCAAGGUAUUUCACCUCUUCAGAGAAGUUUAGACUACAGUUUAGAAUCCUUGGGUGUAUUAAGCCCGUGGAUUUAUAGAGAGUGAGUGUUCCUUACACCAUGUUUCUCUUAGUCUGGGAGCAACUUGUAAUCUCUCACAUAAUGUGUUCUCAAACUUACCGCUUUGCAAGACAGCUAUGUCGUCUGCAUAGGCUAUUGUGUAGAAACUGUUCCUGCUGAGUUGGUCAACCAGGGUGUCUAAAGCUAUGUUCGAGACGAGUGGUAAUAGCACCUCCUCCCUGUGGACAACCCCUCGUAACCAUGCCAUCAACCAAAACGUCUUCCCCAUUUAUGCUUAUUGCUCUAAUGGCGAAUUAAAUUCUCUCUCUUCUUAAAAGAUAUACUUUAUGCAAAUAUUUUUGUCGACCAAAUGUUCACACAAUACUAAACGUAUCAAUACAACUAAUACUGUGUCUUAAAUGCCUUAAUCUCACGCUCUCAUAUAUGGCGAUCCUACAGCUCACGUGCUGUGUCGAUUUUUCUUGCCACAUCAAAUGAAUUUAAAAUAUUCACGAUUCAGUUUCAUCUUUUGGUCAAACUGAAUUUUUCAAGUCACUGGUAACUAUGCAAAUGUAUCAGAAGACAUAAUAUAUUCAAAGUUAUGAAAAAGUGCUAUAAAAUCCAUUAACACCGCGUGAUCAACUUUAUCUACCUUUAAAAUAGCGGUAGAGAAGAGACCGAGACGUUUGAUUGCUUUUAUAGAAUCUGUUCACGUGAAAUUGUUUAGGCGCGCUUUUUUGGCUGUGAAUAUAUUACAAGUACCUGAUAGCAUUAAUACGUUCAAAUUUACGUGGUGAUGUUGGCACCUUUAACGUUUCUGGAUCGGUGUUGUCGUAUCUCAAAACUUAAGUAGCAGCCUUCGUACUGAGUAUUCUACUGAGUGUAAUGUAUGAUAACAAUCAUUAAUGCUAUUCAAUCCUUUUGGAUUGUAGCCCAUUGUUAGUGUGUGUAUAUAGUUUGAUAUAUAUUUCCUGUCCUGUUAAUUUGUGUUUUGAUAGUCAGGUGUGGCAUAAAAUUACAUUUUUUACAACUGUGGUAUUACCUCCUGAAUGUAUUCAAAAUGAGUACAGUAGAGCGUCGAUAGUCCGAACUAAUUGGUACAGGGGUAGUUCAGAUUAUCAAAUUGUUCGGAUUAUCGAACAUAUGUUCAAAAUACAUACAAAGCUCAUAAACAUCGUACAUAUGUACAUACGUUUUAGUUACAAGGAAUAAAACACCUGCAUGAUAAACAAAUAUAUUGUAUGUAUUUCUGCAUAAACAAAACAAAAAUCCGCGGUCAUAUUUUGCCCAUAUUGUCGUCAUAUUAAAUCCAAAAAUUCGGUCCGCGAUCAUUUUUUUUUUAAUUUUAUAAUUUUUUUUGCGUACGGAUUAGCGAACGUUUGGUUUACCAGAGUUCGGAUUAUCGACGCUCUACUGUAAUUGAGAAAUCUGAAUUGUUUUAACAAUAAACAUUCUUAUUAAGAAUAGAUAACUCUAGACCUACCUAUUGCCUUCUCUGAAUUAGCCAAUAGCCAUAAUAUUAGGCCCAUUAAUAUCAGCCAAAUCAUUAAUAUUGUUAUUAACGAUCUUAUAUUAGAUCAAAAUCAAAUUAAAAAAAAAAAACAAAAUUUUGUGUGUCUAUUCGUCCGCAGAUUAAAGUAACGAAAACUGAAUAGGUACGGAAAAACAAAUGCCUGAUUGCUAUUCACCCUUUAAAGUAAUAUGACAAAAAAUUUCUUUAAAGCAAAAAGUUUUUACUUUCUGUUACGAGAAAACUAUAAAAAAACCUAGUGACAAUACAUACCGGCAAUGAAAAUUAUCAAGUAGUCUUUAAGUUAUUAUUAUAGUUAUAUCAUUUUUUGUAAAGUGUGUGAUCGAGGUACAAGCCAUAGUACCGAGGUUUUAACAACGACGGUUUUACUAGCGGCUCGUUGGUGCUGAGCCACCAGUGAACCUGAUCGUUGAGAAAUUCGGUCUCCUUAAUAAUACAUACCAUAAUUUUGGUAGAUACAAAUAUUCAAUUCCGGAGCCGGUUUUCAUGCCGUAAGCUUAUUACGUUCUUUCCUGUAGGAAACUCACAAUGACUAAAUUCUCUUGACUAAAUUUUCUUGACAUCGGCUAUAGUUGCGUUCAGUUAAUAUUUUUUACGAUCUACAAGAGUUACAGUUAUAAUAUAUACAUAUGCGGUAAGUCGAACUUUUAUGUUUUUGUCCUCUGGCGAUGUAGAUUUCCAUAAAAAAUGACAGUCUCGUAAGCCAUAUAAAAAUUCCAAUACAAGAUUGCGACUGAGACUUCGCAUAUCCAUUAUUAAAAAUUGGCGCGCACGUCAUUCCACUGCAGUGCUCGCACGGGUCGGUCGCCAGCCGUGAUCGACGCGCGGUAUUGAAGGACGAGCCGAGUAAAACAUAAAACAAACUGACGAGCCGCGGUUGCAAUGAUACAUUGGCAAGCUUUACCGACCAGCCACAAAACCCCCGGUUUUACUCGCCUGUCGCCGUGACAAACACAUAUACAAAAAAAAAACAGUUGAGUCCAGGAAUCUUUACCCGUGCGUCAUCAUUUAAAGCACACGAAAUAAGUCGAUGAUAAGUCGGAAAUUGAAAUUUACUACACGCAAUAGCAAGUGACAGUAACUGACUUGCUGUUGGGUUUAGUAAAUUUCAAAUUCCGACUUAUCAUCGACUUAUUUCGUAUGCUUUAAAUGAUGACGCACGGGUAAAGAUUCCCGGACUCAACUGUAUUUACAUUCUUACAUUAAUACAAUUACAUUGUAUUUACAUUCUUUUCGCUUUACAGCAUUAUACCUAUUUUGUUUCAUAAGGACGAAAAACCAAGAAUACAAUUUUCUCAUUACUUUUAUUACCGUAUAUUUUUGUAGUUUGUUUGCCUGUGACUGUCAAUAACACAAAUGCAAUUAUUUUGUUGUACGUAAUAUUUUUUCGUAUACAAUGCUUUAUUUAAGUAAUUCAAAUAAUUACUUAUAUAUUUUGAUAUUUGUCUAUCUUAAUUAUAUUUAUCUAUUUUAUAUACAAAGUUAUAUUUAUAUUGAAUUGGUACCUGUUACUAAAAUAACUGUACUUUAUUUUUUAUUUUCAUUACUUUAAAAAUGAAUUAAAUAGACCAGGGCAUUUAGCACUAAAAACACCGUAAUAAAUCGAUUUUUAAAUAGAGCACUUAGAGACUUACAACUUUUUGCAUUGUAUUCUGGAUGAUGUCAGGAAAAAAGUCUACAAUAGAAAAAUAGGUGGGACUGCAUAAUUGCAUUUUAAAGUGCAUAAAAUGCAUCAAAAAGUGCAUAAACAUGUAAAAAUAAGCAUAUUAAGGGCUAGAUUUUGUUAAUGGAGGGUUUUGGGGUCGAUGAACACGACUACUCCAUCAGAACCGACCAUCCGGAGCAUGGCGCCCAGGCUCACUGCUAAGGCACGUCAUCUGGAGGUUCGAGGGUUAUCGGCACUAAAUUGAUGCAAGCAGAUUACUUGGAGAUUUUUGGAGUCGGUGAACACGAAAAUAAGAAGAUGGGAUGCAAUAAAACACCUAAAAAAUAAUAAAUAUCCAGGAAGUGAUGGUAUACCCGCGAAACUUAUUAAAUAUGGAGAUGCGACUCUGGCUAAUUAAAUAUAUAAAAUAAUACUGAGAGCCUGGAAUGAGGAACAAAUCUCGGAAGAGUGGUGUAUUGGAAUCGUUUGCCCACUACACAAAAAGGGUGAUCAAUUGGAAUGUAGAAACUAUAGGGGAAUAACCCUCCUUAAUACAGCCUACAAAAUAUUUUCGAGUAUCUUAUAUUAUAGUCGCCUAAGUGCACAUUCAGACGAGCUUCUUGGCGGAUAUCAAAGUGGUUUUAGGCCUGGUCGAUCAACAACAGACCAGAUCUUUGUGUAAAUACUGGAAAAACUAAUGAAUUCAAUAUCGACACACCAUCUUUUCGUAGAUUUUAAAUCGGCCUAUGAUAGUGUUCUAAGAAAUAAAUUGUAUGAAGCCAUGGAUGAAUUCCACAUCUCUGAUAAACUAAUACGAUUGGUUAAGGCUACAAUGCAUAAAGUUGUUUGCAAAGUCGAAAUACAGGAACAAUCACAGGCGUUUGAAACGCAUGUUGGGCUGCGACAGGGAGAUGCGCUGGCGUGUCUCCUCUUCAACAUAGCUCUGGAAAAGGCGGUCAGAGAUGCAUGAAUAGACAACAGAGGAAAUAUUUUUAAUAAAUCAUCCCAAAUUUUGGCAUAUGCAGAUGACGUGGACCUAGUUGCCCGCACAACACGCAAGCUAGAAGAAAUGUAUAACACCUUCUCAAAUGCCUCAAAAAAUAUGGGCCUGCAAGUAAACGAGGAGAAAACUAAGAUGAAAACUAUCAAUACCCAACAAUAGAGACGGAAACAUCGGUCACCAAUUCACGGUUGAUAACUCUACCUUUGAAGUGGUGAACAAAUACACGUACUUAGGCUCCCUGAUCACCAAGGAGAACGUCAUGACGGAAGAAAUCAAGCGAAGGAUAAUCCUAGCAAACAAAUGCUAUUUUGGACUGAGUAGACAUAUGAGAAGCAGAAACAAAAGCCAAAAAACAAAAAUAACCAUAUACAAACCCCUUAUACAUACAACCAGUGUUGACAUAUGGAUCAGAGGCAUGGACCAUCUCCAAGGCAGAUGAAACCCUUCUGCGUAUAUUUGAGCAAAGGAUCCUGAGAGGAAUAUUCGCUGGUAUCUGUGAAAAUGGUGUUUGGAGGAGGAGGUACAAGGUACAACUAAGAGGUAUACCACAUAUACAUAUAAACAAAAAUUUGGUGCUAAAGACGUAGUAUCUCUUAUAAGAAUAGGAAGACUAAGAUGGGUAAGACUAAGACUAAGAUAACUCUUAUAAGACGUCUAGCAAGAUCACAGCAGAACAACCCUCCUAGAAGAAUCCUUAUGUCACAACCUGUGGGAAGUAGAAAUGGGGAUAGGCCAAAACUCAGAUGGAAGGAUGGUGUAGAUCAAGCUGGGAGAAAAAUAGGCGCACCAAACUGGCAAAGGUUGGCAGUGGAUAGGACUGACUGGCGUAACAGUUUUGGGAAGGCAGAGUCUCUUUCAUAGGGCUGUAGCACCAUUGAUGAUGAUGAUGAACACGAAUACGCCAUCAGAACCGACCCUCGGAGCACCUGGUGCCCAGUGCCACUGUCGAGGCACGUCAUCUUCUAAAGUUUCGAGGGGUUUCGGCAUUAAAUUGAUGGAAUCAAAUUACUCAGUGGGUUUUUGGGGUCGCUGAAUACGAUUACGCCAUCAGAACCGACUCACGGAGCACCUGGUGCCCACUGUCACUGCUAAGCACGUCAUUUUCUAGAGUUUCGAAGAUUUUAGUCACUGAAUGCAUGCAAAUAGAUUACUAGGCGGUUUUUGGGGUCGCUGAUUAUGAAUACGCCAUCAGAACUUACUCCCGGACUACCUAGUGCGCAAGGUCACUUCUUAGGCAUGUUAUCUUCUGGAGUUUGGAGGGGUUUCGGGCACCAGGUGCUCCUAGAAUCCUUUCUGAUGGCAUGUUAUUACUCAUAAACUCCAAAAAAACCCCGAGUAAUCUAUUUGCAUAAAUUUAGUGCCGAAAAGCCUCGAUACUCCAGAUGACGUGCCUUAGCAGUGAACCUGGGCACCAGGUGCUCCGGUGCGGUGGUCGGUUCUGAUGACGUAUUCGUCUUCAGACCCCAAAAACCUCCGAGUUUACAAAAUCUGGCCCUUAAGGUUGAUCUGCAUAAUUAACUAUUUAGAUGGGAAAUAAGCCACAAUUAAAUUGAAAAAAAUAAUUUUAUUAACGUUUCGACGCCCAAAUCGGGUGUCGUUGUCAAAAUACAAAAUACUACCCAAUUAAACAAAAAUGUUGUUGCUUAGUAAAAAAUUCUUCUAAUAAUUGACUAAUUUAUAUCGGCAAUUUAGACAUAUAUUAUACAUUUUAAAGUAGAAGACUUUAAAAUGAUAUUGCCAAUAUUUAUGAGUUGAUUUUAUAUAUAUUUAAUAUCCCUCCAAAAAAAAACUACACAUUCAAAAAUUUGAAAAAAAAAAUGAGGAGGUAUAUGAUUACUAGAAUAAUUUUGACAAAUUUUGAACAAACUUUAUAUUUUCAUUUUUGAAAAAAUCAAAAAAACUAUUUUUUUCCAAGUAUAAAACGGGAAAAGCAAACAUACAAUUUUGUUAAUUUUCUUACAGCAUAAAGGUAUACUCCUAAGAAAUACUUAUGAAUUUUAAUACAUACGUUCAUAUUACCGGUAGCUUUAUUAUAAGCCGUAACAUAUUAUUUUUUCCUAUUGUGGAAAAACUGUACAUUUAAAAUUUUUCAAAAAAUUCAUAAGUAUUUCUUAGGAGUAUAUCUUCAUGCUGUACGAAAAUUAACAAAAUUGUAUGUUUGGUUUUCCCGCUUUAUACUUGGAAAAAAGUAGUUUUUUCCAAGUAUUUUUUCUAAUUUUUGGAUUGUGUACUUUUUUGGGGAGGGGGGGUGCAGAUCUACCUUAAUAUACUUAUUUUGACUUUGCAUUUUAUGCACUUUAAAAUGCAACUAUGCAUUUUCACCCAUGUUUCUAAUACUUUUUAGUUGGUUUAGUUUUAGUACAUUCUAGGUGCUGUAUUUAAAAAUAGAUAUAUUUAAAUACCCUGGUCUAAAAAAACAUGAUUUAGAAUACUCAGUAUUAAAGUCCCGAUUUUUUUUGCCUUCAAGUUUUCAUAACAAUACUAUGAUACUAGUCAUUUUAUAUUUGUAUAUUUUUAUAUUUAUAUGUAUUUAUAUUUUUAUGUAUAUUUAACAAAAUGUAAUAUGUAAAUUGUACAAACUGUGAAAUAUUUUUUCAUGUAAAACUUUGAUAUUUUAUGUUCGUUGGUUCUCAUUACUUGUGCAUUUAUAACCAGAUAAUAGCCAUUCCAUUGUUAUUUAUACCUCAGAUUGUCUUGAAUCAAAGUUAUUAAAUUAUUUUUUCUAUGAUCAAGUUCUUAAUAAAAUUUUUCUAAAACAAUAA